ACGUUUCUGCCACUAAUUAAUUCUCACGAUAUUUUUUCCCAAGCCAAUCGCCUCAGCUACCCCAGAGUCUCUCCUGUCCAAAACCCGUAAGCGCCCGAAACAGAACGCCUCCUCCUGCCAAGCAGGUACCUUCAUCUCAGUACCACUUCCGAUUGCGGCCAAGUGCCUGUGUGUCAUUUCUUUACGUGAAGCGUUGAAGUUUGUCUUGAACUUCAACCUCGCCAAAUUUAUCAAGCAACCGACUUUCAUCCUCAGCCCAUCGUCCAUAAAAUUGCAAUCAUGUCCACGCCUGAUGCUUCUGCUCUCCAGGCUGACGACGUUCGCGUCCUCGGCCAGGAUCCCCUCAUCCCCCCCGCCUUGCUCACUGCGGAGAUUCCCAUGACGCAAAAGGCUGUCGACACAGUGAUCAAGGGAAGAAAUGACGCCGCCGAUAUCAUCAUGGGCCGCAGCGACCGUCUGCUCGUUGUCGUCGGUCCCUGCUCCAUCCACGACCCCGAAGCUGCCCACGAGUACGCCGCUAAGCUCAAGGUUCUCGCUGACAAGCUCGGCGACGAUCUCUGCAUUGUUAUGCGCGCCUACUUGGAGAAGCCUAGAACUACUGUCGGCUGGAAGGGUCUGAUCAACGACCCCGAUAUCGACUCUUCUUUCCAGAUCAACAAGGGUCUGCGUGUGUCGCGCCAGCUCUUUGUCGACCUUACCACCGCUGGCAUGCCCAUUGCUAGCGAGAUGCUUGAUACCAUCUCUCCUCAGUUCUUGGCCGACUGCAUUUCCGUCGGUGCUAUUGGUGCCCGCACUACCGAGUCCCAGCUGCACCGUGAGCUUGCCUCUGGCCUUUCUUUCCCCGUUGGCUUCAAGAACGGCACUGAUGGCAACCUCGGCGUCGCCAUUGAUGCCAUCGGCGCUGCCUCCUCUAAGCACCACUUCCUCGGUGUAACAAAGCAGGGUCUUGCUGCCAUCACACGCACAAAGGGUAACCCCCAUGGUUUCGUUAUCCUCCGUGGUGGAACUCGCGGCCCCAACUUUGACAAGGAGAGCGUCCAGGCUGCGAAGAAGACCCUCCAGGACAAGGGCCAGAAGAGCGCUAUCAUGAUUGACUGCUCGCAUGGCAACUCUCAAAAGAACCACAACAACCAGCCCAAGGUUUCCAAGGUGGUUGGUGACCAACUCCGUGAGGGCGAGAAGGCUAUCAUUGGUGUCAUGAUUGAGUCCAACAUCAACGAGGGCAACCAAAAGGUCCCUGCUGAAGGCCCUGCUGGCCUCAAGCGCGGUGUCAGUAUUACUGAUGCCUGUGUUAACUGGGAGACCACUGUCACUGUUCUUGAGGACCUUGCCGACGCUGUUCGCGCUCGCAGAGCCAUCAACGGCGACUCCCCCAAUGAAGACGCUCAGGUCACUUCUAUUGAAGAGGACUAAGCGGUGUACUAUUUUACGUGAGAAUCCCAAUUUCCGGGAUUUUGAAGCGCAGCGGGUGGCGGUGCCGACCUGGGUAAUGAGAAAAAGAAGACAAAAGUUGACGUCUAAAAUGAGCAUUUGGCCCCGACAGUUGGAGGGGUUUGUAUCUGUCGAUGGGAUGUUUCGGGUAUAGAAUCAUAGGGCAUUUGUGUCUUUUUGAAUGAGCAAACAUAACGACUUUCUUGUGUCAAUUUUAUACCACCCUCUUCAUUAAAAAAAGGAGUCCUCUAACAAAUCUUGUAAAUCUUUAACCGAACGCCGUGCAACCGAUAAAUAUACAUUAACAUCAUUGAACUGCUACUGGAGCAUAGCCAACACCUGCCUGCAGUGUAGAGGCCCUGCCUUCGCGGUGUUCCAACACUCUUUUGAACGCAGCAUAUCCAAGCAGGCCGAGCGUGCCGAUAAUGAAGCCCCAAACCAUAAUCUUAUCCUUAUUACUGUCGCGCUGGAAACAAAGAGUGAAGACAUCCUCCUCGGUCGCUUUCUUGCAAAUCGCGAGACCCUGAUUCAGACAAAAGGCUUUGGUGCAAUCUGAGCAUGAUGUCGAUGGCGUUCGAGCAUUGAGGCCAGCGUCUGCUGAACCUAGCGAUACUGGAUCGGAUA